CGCUGCGCUCACCCCUGGCUGCUUGGUUGGCGCUUGAGUUACACGGCUUUUGCCCAAGUCUCGAGACUUAGUGAGCAGCAGUUGCCGGCUCUUGUGGUGUAACUAGUUUAAUGGCUGGGAAUAAAGGAAGAGGACGUGCUGCCUAUACCUUUAACAUUGAGGCCGUUGGGUUCAGCAAAGGUGAAAAGUUACCUGAUGGCGUGUUGAAGCCACCCCCACUGUUUCCUGAUACAGAUUAUAAGCCAGUGCCACUGAAAACAGGAGAAAGCGAAGAUUACAUGCUGGCCUUGAAACAGGAAUUACGAGAAACAAUGAAAAGAAAACCUUAUUUUAUUGAAAAAGUUGAAGAAAAGCCAGAUAUUGAAAGGUAUAGUAAAAAAUACAUACAAGUAUACAAAGAAGAGUGGAUACCAGAUUGGAGAAGAUUUCCAAGAGAGGUGAUGCCGAGGAAGAAGUGUAGAAAAGCAGACCCAAAAUCCAAAAGCACAAAAGGUACAGACAGAGUGUCUUCACUCCUUAAUGCUGCAGAUGUGUUGAAAAAAAUUGAGGAAUUGGAAAAGAGGGGCGAUGGUGAAAAAUCCGAUGAGGAAAACGAAGAGAAAGAAGGAAGCAAAGAAAAUAAAGAAGGUGAUAAUGACAGUGAUGAUGCCAAUGCCGAGCAGGAAGACUACGAUGAGGAGGAGGAGCAGGAAGAGGAAAACGACUACAUCAAUUCGUACUUCGAAGACGGAGAUGAUUUUGGAGCUGACAGCGAUGACAACAUGGAUGAAGCAACCUAUUAGCCAUGAAAUUUCUCAGAGCAGUUUUUAUAAUUCAGCUUCUUAGUAUUUGGACAAACUUGAUUUGUUUCCAAUAAGAAAUGAGUUUUAUUUUUGAUCCCUGUUUCACUGGACAAAUACUUCUUACCAUAAUUGUAAAAGUACUUUGAGGUUGUACACUGGUUACCUUAUAAAGCAGUCCCUGUCCUGACAUUCCUAAAUACCUCUGCCAUCCCUCUUAUGUCUGCUAGUGGAGCUUGAAAAUUUGAAUGUGCCUCUUAGUCUAUAGAUCCAUACUUGAACAAGUCAUUUUUCUUUAAGGUUACUGAGUCAUACUGGCUUUCUAUAAUGUAAAAGUUGACAAUACAGCACAUGGAGCACUUUAGAAACAAACUUGAAAAUUAUUUUUUACAUGGAAUGUACUGUAUUACAUUAUGUCUACGGAAACUUAUCUGAUCUCUCACAAAUGCAAACUGAAGAGAUGAAAAGUUUUGUAAUCAAAAGCAUUCACACAUAGUAAGACGUUCACAUGACCUACAUAAACUUCACAGUCCACAUCUCAGUGUGAAAAGGCUUUCAGGUUGGAUGAACAUAAUGGGCUACUUGAGACCAUAAAAUAUACGUGAUCUUGCUGUAAUAAGCGUGACAUCUUCAAAUAGUUGAGUUUAUGAAAAGUUAGACUGCGACAUCUUGUUUGCUGCGGUCGGUACCUUACAGAAGUGCAGUAAGCUUGCUUGUGUCAGUUUCACAGCUGCAUACCAAGUGUGAGCAUGGCUUAGGGCAGAGGCCCGCACUGCUUUGCAGGUCUGUGCCCUGUACAGUUGGUUAUAUAGGAACAGCAUGAACUCAGGUCAUUUUGAAAUUAAGAUUAAUCCUUUUUUAAUUUAAAAGAUAGCUCCCCUUCCACUUCAUAUUUUGGGGAGAAAAAUACCUAGAAACCUCAGCCUCCCUACAAUUAAAAAUACCAAAGAUUUUAAAGAAAAUUCAUAUAUUUCAAAAACACGUAUUACACACCAAAAUAAAUAUAUUUUUCUCUUUGGAAUGAUAUCACCCAUUUGCCUGAACAGCAGAGCCCUAAAUUCUAUUUUUACCUAGAAUACCAAAUUUACCCUUAAGACUGAACACGAUUACAGCUGGCCAAAUAACUCAGCGGAUCAAAGCACCUGCAAGCAGGUGCAGGGACCGGGUGUUUGA